AUGCCUCCUAGAAGGUCAGUUAGAGUGAGUCGAGGUCGAGGUCGAGGUCGAGGCCAAGGCCGAGAUGAUGGAGGGAUCAAUGAACCACCUCAAGCACCACAGGGAUGGGAAGAGCGCAUUGCCGCACUGGAAGGAAUCAUUCAUAGGCAUGAUGAAGAACUUCGUCAGCUGAGACGUCAACCGGAGCCGCCAGUCCAAAUAAGGCAAGAUGCAGAAAAUAGAGACCCACCAGCUGCAGUGGUAUAUCCUGCUACAGAGGCUAGACAUGAGUUUCUUACUGUGACUGAGUAUGCACAAAAAUUUGAUAGAUUGGCGAAAUUUGCUCCAGAUCUGGUACCUACUGAUAGAGUGCGAGCACAUCGAUUUGUGGAAGGCCUGAAACCAAUGGUUGCUCGAGAUGUGGAAAUUGUGUCAAGGGGUCAAUUCAGCUAUGCUCAAGUUGUCGAAAUGGCUCUUACGACUGAGCGGAGUGAAAACAAAAUUUGGAAGGAAAAUGCUGCCAGGAGAGAAUCGAAGAAAGGUGGAGCCAAUUCUAAUGACCACAAGAAACGAGGACAGGACCAGUCCGGGCAGCCAAGUCAAGACAAGAGGUACAAAAGUGAUAACGACCAACGAUUUAAUGGCAGCAGUGGGCGAAACAUUCCAGAAUGCCCUAAAUGUACCAAACGUCAUCUCUGCGAGUGUCGCGCAAAAGCAUGCUACAAAUGUGGAAAAGAAGGACACAUCAAACGCAAUUGCCCACUGUGGGGACAGACUGGGAAUAGAGCAGAACCCAAGAAAGAUGACAAGUAUGUUCCAGCCAGAGUUUUUGCCAUCACUCAAGCAGAAGCUGAGGCCAGUCCUUCGGUUGUAUCAGGUAAGGGUAAGGCUAAGCAGUGAGAAUGAAGAGCUCGAGGCGUGGACCGCAUGUUAGGGGGCUGGCACAGUAUUUUGCUUUUAAUGU